GGCUACACCAGUACCAUUAAUUAAUUAGUUUAGUUGUAUAUGUUAGCUUCAAUUAAUGCUACACCAGUGUCAUUAUUAAUUAAUUAAUUUAGUUGUAUAUGUUAGCUCUAAUAUAAUAUAGGUAAUUUAAAACUUCAAUUCUGUCCAUGGGCAUCCCGGCGGGCAGCUCAACCUUCUAUCGGCCUUCCCUGGGAGCUAAUGGUUAGGUUUCUACAUGUAAAAGACAUUACUGAAUUCCAAUUGAAAAUAUACACAAUAACUUCUUGUUCUUUUCAUUCAAUUGGUAAAGCUAUACAAAAAGGAAAAAAAAAAUAGUCUACAUGUUCAGACUAAUACAUGAUCAACUCAAGAUUAUUAAUUCUUAAUAUCAUUUUCCCAGUAAAAAUCACAUUCAUCAUAUUAAUUACUCAUUUCAUGGCUUCGUAAUGCCUAACCAAUUUCUAAACUUUAACUUAGGUGCCCCGAAAAGCAAAUUAAUUUUGCAAUAUAUAUAAGCUAGAAUAAUUAAGUUUCAAAUAAAUGGAACGCAAAACAUCAAACUACAAUGAUAUAUACAAUUUCAAUCCAAACACCUAAUCUGUUCCAACUAAAAUAGUAGCUUCUCACCUGAAUCCGAGCUCAGCAAGGCGAAGCGGCGGCUCUCGUUGUCGGCCACGCGGGCGGAGUUGGCGAAGUCGGCGAAGAACUCGUCGCCGAGCACGUCGCCUCCUCGCCACGGUGUACCACGCGAGGAGGCGGCGACGAUGGCGGCUGAGGAGGAGGCGAGGCGAGGGGGUUUCGAUGAACGGAGCAGAGGAAGGGCCCGGCGGGGAGAUCGGAGAGAGAGAGGCGGGAUCGGAUCGAGAGAGAGGCGGGACAGAAGAGAGAGAGAGGCGGGGGCGAGAUGCGGACAGUUGUCGCUCUAUGCCUCCCGUGCCCCUCUCCCCGCCUCCCCCUGUCGCCUCGCACGGCGCGGAGGUCCUACAGAUCCGCUCCGCGACCCGCGCCCGCGCCCGCUCGAGCCCGCCUCUCAUCUCUCUCCGAUCUCUUUCCGAUCUGCGAGGAUCUUCUUCUCCUCCUCCCCCUCACCAUCACGCGAUCGAUCGGAGGAGCUCGCAGUCCCCCGCGUCCUCUCCCUAGCGCUCGCACCCUGUUCGACGAAAUGCCCUCUCCCUAGCACUCGCGCCCUGUUCGACGAAAUGCCGAGGCGAUCUCAGGGCGCUUCGCGGGCAUCGGAGCGCCCUCUCCCUAGCCCUCGCGCCCUGUUCGACGAAAUUCCGAGCCGAUCGCCCAGGGCGCUCUGCGGGCAUCGGAGAGGGACUCCCCGGCCCUCGCGCCCUGUUCGACGAAAUUUCGAGCCGAUCGCCCAGGGUGCUCCGCGGGCAACGGAGAGGGAUCGAUCGAUCGUGGAAGCUUCGAGGGGAAUACCAGUAGUUUUUUCUUUAGAGAAGCCCAAGGUGAAGCUACUUCCCUUUAAAAUUUCUGCCACUGAGGAAGAGAACCCGUUGGUUUAUCAGCAUGUUUGACCCCCAUGUUGAGUCUGUUGCGGCGCUGUUGGUAAGAGAACUAAACAGCUUCUCCGUGCAACACAAAACCAGAAGCUCCAGGUAAUCCGUUCGUUGCCAAUCUAAUAAUGCUUGAUGACUAGGGGUGUCUGAGCAAAAUUUAUUUAUUUAUUUUCAUAGCUACUUUUCACUCUUCUCUUCUUUGUAAACAUUUGUUUCAUGUUUUUUAAACUAUUGGGAUUUCCCCAAACUGCAUAUUUGGCUUUGAUUUGUCAAAUCUUUGUGUUUUCAACUUGCUUUUACCUGCAUUCAAUUUCUUUUUCCCUUUUUGUUUUAGCAACCUUUCAAGACUUGGUUAUGUUAUAUCAUUGUUUUGAGGUGUUUACAGAAAAAACUCCGUUCUUUUGCUUUUCCUACACCCUGAUUUUCGAAGCAAAAAAAUUAUAUGCCAUGGAAUCCUCAAGUCCCUGUUUUCGGCUUCUGCAAGUUCCCUAUGCCUUCCUGCUGGCUGUCGGCUCUUUGUUGUUCUUCAUAGUCCUUAUCUUGAAUGUUACAUGAUUGCAACAAUUGAGCUUCCACCUGUUUUUGUCCCAAACUACAAUGCACCUUUCCUUAAUGAAUAAUGAAAUGAACUACAAAGUUUCUUGGUAUCGAAGGUAUAGGUAAUGAUGCAUUAAGUUUCUUCAGUUUGAACAAUGGAAGCUUUGAACUUUCUUUCAUUAGCUCUUGGUACCUAUAAUAACAUAGAAGCAAAACCCAGCAUAAACCAUGUAUCAAGUUGCUUUUGUACUUCGAAAUAUAUGGCUCAACCUAUUAGCACCAACGUAAGUGUGUGUUCAUUCUUUCUGUUGAGGGCGACCGACCCUUUGUUUCAAGUACUUUGAAAUUGUAUUCUAACUACCAAGACAGUUUAUAGCAAUACUCAAUCAAAUGGACUCAAAUUGAGCAUCUUUGGCUUUGGGAUUGUAUUCUAACUACCAAGACAGUUUUUAGCAAUACUCAAUCAAAUGGAUAGUUUAUAGAGUUCAAAGUCAAAAGGCUAUGGAAUUUAAAGAAGAUUCAUAUUGGGUAGUGUUGGAAAAUGAUGCAAAUAUUAUGAUGUUAGUGGCCCUACUAUUGUGUAAGUAGUGGGUGCAAGUAGUGGGCUAAGAUUAUGUAAAUAGUGAUUAGUGUCUUAAUUUGUGUAAGUAGUGGGUAAUGUUAUGAAGUUCAUGGUAGUUAGUUUCUAGGAGCACAUGUGUAGUGGAUGUAGUGGAAAACAUGUGUUGAGUUAGGUUUUCUUAAACCUAAAGUUUCUUCUUUUAUUUAAAGUUCUUUGAUUGUAAGCUUUUAGUAAUGAAGUUUUUUGAAUGAAAGUGUUUAUUUUUCCUUCCACUUAAUUGCUGUAGCAAAUUAUAGCAACUUCCAUUUACAUUUGGUAUCAGAGCCUGGUUGUGAUCAAGGCUGGGCGUUGUGGUAUUCUUUGAAGCAAGAAGCAAUUAGAAGGCUCACAAAUCUAGUAAGUUGGAUGGUACAAAGAGAGGUAUACUUUCAUCACACUUGUUUUCAUCAUGAGUAACUCAAGUGCACUUAAUCUCUCUCAAUCUUUGAUUCCAAUUUUCAAUGGAGAAAAUUAUGAAUUUUUGAGUAUCAAAAUGCGAACGUUUUUCAUUUCACAAGAUCUCUGGGAUCUAGUUGAGCAUGGUUAUGCAGAAAUAGAAGGUUCAAAAGGUGCAGAUAAGACAGCAAAUCAAGGAGCUUCGCAAAAAUGAUGCCAAAGCAUUGCUUGUGUUGCAACAGGCAGUGCAGGACAACAUUUUUCCUCGAAUUGCAAAUGCCACCAAAUCAAAUGAAGCUUGGACUACUUUAAAGCAAGAAUACCAAGGAAAUGAUCGCGUUCGAACUGUGAGGCUACAAACUCUCCAAAAGGAAUUUGAAAAUCUCUACAUGAAAAAUGCCGAAGGUAUGCAAGAAUACUUUUCUCGAAUUGCUAUCAUUAUUAAUCAGAUGAGAAGUCUUGGUGAUGAUGUUUCUGAGAAGAAGGUUGUUGAAAAACUUUUGAGAAGUCUUCCUCCUAAAUUUGAUCAUAUUGUCGCUGUUAUAGAGGAAUCAAAAGAUUUGUCAAAUUAUCAUUUAAUGAAAUAAUGGGUUCUCUGUUAGCUCAUGAGCAGUGACUAAACAGAUCUAUAGAGAAAAGUGCAGAAAAUGCAUUUGAAUCAAGGGUUGAAAAUUCGAAGUCAAAAGGUGACCAAAAGUAUGCAGGAAGAGGCCGUGGAAGAGGUGGUUUUCGCGGUCGUGGAAGAGGCCGAGGCUAUAGUAGAGAAAGAUCUGACACAAACUACCGACAAGAUGAUAAUGAGAAAAGCAAUCAAAGCCAAGGCUAUAAGAGUAAGCAAUGUCAUUUCUGUAAGAAAUAUGGUUAUAUAGAAGCUUAUUUGCUGGGCCAAAGCAAAACAACAAGCCAACUAUGCAGAAAAGAAUGAAGAGGAAGGUAAACUAUUUCUUACAUGUCUGAAUUCUAAUGUUAGUAGUGCUGAUUUAUGGAUUUUGGAUAGUGGAUGUAGCAACCAUAUGUCAGGAUUUAAAAACCUUUUUCGUCACAUUGAUGAAUCUGUAAAAUUACAAGUUCGGCUUGGAGAUGAUAAGGUUCUACAAAUUGAAGAAAAAUGGACAGUUGCUAUAAAAACUAAGUCAGAGUACGGAAAAGUUUAUCAAUGAUGUUUAUUAUGUACCUUCCUUGGCUCACAAUUUAUUAAGUGUUGGACAAUUGAUUGAAA